AUGUGCAUCUUAUUAACAACAACGUCGCAUCCAGAUUUCCCACUUCUACUUCUUUCAAACCGUGAUGAGUACUUUGCACGUCCCACACAGCUAGCCAGUGUUCGCCAGACUUCAAAAGAUAUUCAGAUUGUGUCACCCUUGGAUAUGGCAAGACCUGAACACGGAACGUGGAUCGGGGUCACUUCUGACGGCAGACUCGCUGUUUUGGUCAAUUACAGAGAAGAUACGGCAAUUGCCGGUAAGGUGUCUAGAGGCAUUCUCCCGUUGGAGUACCUUGUUUCCGAUCUUCUGGACGACGACUGGUAUGACGGGCUUGAAGAAAGGAUGAACAAGAAGAGUGGUGUCACAGGUAAACCCACGAAGCUUAGCGAGAUUGGCGGGUUUACCUUACUAUACGGUGCAUUAGAAUUAGACAAACACUCGAAGCUCAGACCACUCAAUCUUAUGAGCAAUCGUGGAGAUAGAGGUAAGGUCCAUACGCAAGAGGUUCUGCUUGAUGAUAUGCAUGAUCACUUCCAUCGCCAACUGACGUUCGGUCUCUCGAACUCUCUUUACUACAUGCCCUGGCUGAAGGUGGAACUCGGCCGCAAGAAGCUCGCUGGGCUCGCAAAACGUGCUUCUGCCGAAGGAUACAGCCAAGAAGAAGUCAUAGAGUCGUGUUUUGAGAUCUUAAGCUCGGACACCUACGAUGCUGAAAUACGUAAGAAGGGUACGUUUGACCAAAAGAUGACUGAACUCCAAAACUCGAUAUUCAUCCCACCACUCGCAACACCAUAUGAACUGGAACUGGUCGAUAGUGGAUUUGCCGUGGGCAAGUUCUACGGAACCAGAACGCAAACAGUGGUUGCCCUCUCUAAAGAUGGCACUUUGCAUUACUACGAGCGGGACUUGUACACUGGAGACACAGACAAAAUGCAUAUUCGUGAACAGCAUCUCCAGUUUGACAUAGGCAACAAAUAG